AUGGAAAAAGAGUUGGCUCAGGAAAAGGAAAUGUUGGAAAAGCGUUUGGCUGAUGAACAGGAAUUCCAACAGCGACGUCAACAACUUCGUGACCAGUUCAAAGAUACGAAAUUACCACUACAGUACGAGAGCGAUGAAGAUGCUGCAAAUGGAGCAGAAGGCAAUAACGGAGGAGAUAAUGUAAACAAAGUAUAUCAAUGGAUGCAAUCUUCUAUACCACAAGAUCCUCGCGGUGCGUAUCCCAAGGUACUGGCGCCUAAAGCGCACAAUAAGCUACACGUAUCCGAUGUAGUAGCAGAAAAUGUGGAAAAGGAAAGGAAAAUCAAUGUUGCAUUACCUAAACAGCAUUCGUUCGACACACAACUAAAAACCAAUCUCUCGUUACUGAAAGAGCAUUCGUUCGAUAAACAACCGGAAACUAUUGCUAGAGCACCGUCUGAUCCAACGCUUAAUAUGAAUCACAGAAACCAAACUGUAGAAAAUCAAAAUCAAGUGAAGUCAGUACCACCAACAGCAUCCACGAGAAUACUUCGUGAGCUCAUAGAGGACCCGGAAUACGAAGACGUUAAUUUGGAUGAAGCGAUACGUGAACGAGAAUUAACAGAGCAGGAAGCCGCUGUAAUCCGAAAUGUAUUGAGCCGUAGGAGACAAUACGGGUCGGGGUUGCCUCGAGAUGUUGUAUGCCGGGGUCCGACCAGGGAACAGCUAGCUGCGCGACAGGCCGUGUCUAAGAAUUUACCCGUAUUCAGGGGCGAGCCAGAGGUGUGGCCUCUAUUCAUCAGUUGUUAUGAAUAUACAACAGCAGCUUGUGGUUUUACUAACACCGAUAACCUGAAACGACUUCAAGACAGCUUGCAAGGAUUGGCGAAAGAAGCAGUGCAGAGCAGAUUACUACUACCCGAUUCGGUUCCAGAUGUGAUCGAGGAUCUUCGGAAACUAUUCGGCAGUCCGGAGAAACUUCUCAAAUCGCUGAUAGCGAAAGUACGCAGAACACAAUCUCCUCGUUUAGACAGACUGGAAACAUUCCUUUAUUUUGGGAUCACCGUGAAACAGUUGUGUGAUCAUCUUGAAGCGGCAGGUUUACAUGAUCACUUAAACAACCCAAUGCUAGUCCAGGAGUUAGUUAGAAAGCUUCCUUCAGAAUACAAAUUAGAUUGGGUACGCUUCAAGCGUGGCAAAGUAGGAGCUCCACUAAGAAUAUUUACAGAUUUCAUUAGCGAGAUAGUGUCUGAAGUAUCUGAAGUAGCUGAUUUUGAAACUGGUGAUAAGAUCAUUAUAGAACGGGGAAAUCCCAAAGGAAAAAGGAAAGAGUUUGUCCAUACUCACAACACACGUAGCUCUGAAACUAAAAGCGAUUAUAAUCAAAGUCAUAAAAGUAAACGACCAUGCAUUGUCUGUAAAAGAACGGACCAUAAGGUGAGAUUCUGUGACGAUUUCGCCAAGUUGAAUCUGCAGGAAAGGUUUAAAAUUGAUGAAACUAACAAGCUUUGCCAAUUGUGCUUGUGUGAGCACGGUAAAAGCAAAUGCACUUAUAACGUCCGCUGCAAUGUGAGGAACUGCAAAGGAGGGCAUCAUUCAUUACUCCAUAGAGUAGACGAAGUGGGGCAAGUCACUCGAGUUCAGUUCAACACGCAUGUUUGCGCAGGUCGUUCCGUAAUUUUUCGAACCAUUCCAAUCACACUUUAUUAUGGCAAAACUGCAGUUGAUUCCGUUGUAUUUUUGGAUGAAGGGGCAUCCACAACCCUGACCGAGAGUGCUGUCGCAGCUCAGCUUAGUGCAAAAGGUAUUCCCGAGCCACUGAUAGUCAUGUGGACAGCAAAUAUAAAGCGAUAUGAAAACGAUUCCAGAAGGCUGAAUCUUUCUAUUUCUGCCAGGAAUUCGACAGUUAAAUAUUCGCUAUGCGCAGUUCGGACGGUGAAAGAAUUGGUAUUACCACAACAAUGUCCACGUUUCCAGGAAAUCGUUGAGCGCUACGAGCAUUUGCAUGGCAUUCCUGUAGUUGAUCACAAUAGUGAUGUACCGAGAGUUCUUAUAGGUCUAGACAAUUUACACCUAUUCGCGCCUCUUGAAUCUCGUAUAGGAGCGCCAGGCGAGCCAAUCGCUGUACGUUCUUUACUCGGUUGGACGAUCUAUGGUCCGGAGGAUAAACGAAUAUCAUCAAAAGCGUAUAUUAAUCAUCAUGUUAUCCAGGCGAUCAGUAAUCAAGAUAUACAUGACUUGUUCCAAAUACAAUAUAAACUAGAUGAAGGUGGCAUUUCUGGCGUAACGCAACCGGAGUCGGGCGAGAUAAUUCGAGCCCGAGAAAUUUUAGAACGUACAACCAAACGCAUAGGAGAUCGCUUCGAGACGGGAUUGAUCUGGAAGCAUGACAAUCCAACCUUCCCAGAUAGCUACUUUAUGGCAUUUAAACGAAUGAAGGCGCUAGAGAAUAGAUUGUCAAAAAACCCUGAAUUACAGCAAAAUAUUUUUGAUCAAAUCAGGAACUAUCAAAAGAAAGGUUACUGUCAUAAAGCCUCCAACGAUGAGCUGAAAAAUACAGACCCUUCCAAAGUAUGGUAUUUACCACUAAAUGUGGUCCUCAAUCCCAAAAAGCCUAGUAAGGUGCGCUUAGUUUGGGACGCAGCGGCGGUAGUCGAUGGAAUGUCGUUAAAUACGAAUCUAUUAAAAGGUCCUGAUUUACUCACAUCACUUCCUGCCGUUAUCAGCAAAUUUAGAGAACGUCGAAUUGCCGUGGGAGGUGACAUAAAGGAAAUGUACCAUCAAAUACGAAUCAUAGAAUCUGAUAAACAAGCGCAGCGAUUUUUGUUUCGAUUCGAUACCACGACCAUGCCAGAUGUUUACAUAAUGGAUGUGGCAACGUUUGGGUCACCUAGCUCCCCCUGUUCAGCACAAUUUAUAAAAAAUAAAAACGCUAAGGAAUAUGUUUCUCAGUACCCAGACGCAGUGAUGGCGAUCAUCGAUCGCCACUACGUCGAUGACUAUUACGACAGUGUCGACACGGAGGAAGAUGCCGUGCAGCGCGCAUCUGAUGUUCGUUUCAUCCUUUCCAUGGCGGGUUUCCAAAUUAGAAAUUGGACGUCGAAUUCACGGAAAGUGCUCCGUGCUCUAGGUGAGAACAAAACUGAACACCUGGUUCAUUUCCACCUGGAUAAAACGGCCGAAAAUGAACGAGUACUUGGUAUCGCUUGGGAUCCAAUCAAUGAUGUUUUGUCGUUUCUGGCUCCCUCCAAGGAGCACUGCAGUUCAAAUGCCCAUGAAGUAAAGCGUUCUACGAAACGCAUUGUGCUUAGCACGGUAAUGUCUCUCUUCGAUCCGAGGGGUUUGUUGGCACCUGGGAAAAAUGUUGUCCUGGGAAAAAUGUUGAUCCAGGAUCUCUGGCGUACAGGGUGUGAAUGGGAUCAGCCUAUAGCCGGGAAAAAUUACGAAAAGUGGAUCCAGUGGAUGUAUCUGAUCAUGGACAUAGGCGAAAUAAAGAUUCCGAGAAGUUAUUUCGGUAACGUUCAUUCAAACGACUUUGGAUCGAUCCAACUACAUGUUUUUACCGAUGCCGGAGAGAGUGCCUACGGAUGCGUAGGUUUUUUGAGGAUAAUAGUUGAGGGAAUCGUUAAGUGCUCGCUGAUAGUGGCGCGUUCCAAAGUUGCGCCCUUGAAGCAACUUUCAAUCCCACGCUUGGAACUGCAAGCCGCAGUAUUGGGAGCUAGAAUGGCGACGACAAUUCGGCAAAAUCAUUCUCUAAAUAUUCAACAAAUGUUCUACUGGACUGAUUCGCAGACAGUAUUGUCUUGGAUCAAAUCCGACCAACGACAAUACAAACAAUUCGUCGGAUUUAGAAUUGGAGAGAUACUCAGCCGUACAAAAAUAUCGGAGUGGAACUGGGUACCUACGAAGCAAAACAUUGCAGAUUUGCUAACGAAGUGGUCUCGAUCUCCUGAUUUAUCACCGGGAAGUUCGUGGUUCCGGGGGCCCAACUUUCUCUAUUCGGUCCAGGACAGUUGGCCAAAACAGCGUGAAACGUCUGCUAACGUCAAAACAGAAAUGAAGGCGAUUCAUUUGUUCCACGAAAUAAUUCUACAAAAAAAUUUAAUUAAUUUCGAUAACAUAUCCAAAUGGAUCGUCUUAGUACGGACCGUAGCAUGUGUAUUAAGGUUCAUUUCCAAUUGCAGAAGAAAAUCUCGAAAUGAACCGAUCGAAAGUUUCAAAGCAACCAAGCAACAAGAGAAAAUAAUAAUCUGCGACUGUCUGCGAGUAAACAACAACAAACCCAACAGUACAUCCCUGGCUCUUACUUUGCUAUAA